UAAAAACCUGCUGUUGAGCUGUCGUGUGUGUAUAUCUGUCUGUCGCUACGUGUAGUGAAAUGGCAGAAGCCAGUAUUUCAGAGGGACAGUUCAGCUGUCCAGUGUGUCUGGAUCUACUGAAGGAUCCAGUGACCAUUCCCUGUGGACACAGUUACUGCAUGAGCUGUAUUACAGACUGCUGGGAUCAGGAUGAUCAGAAGGGAGUCUGCAGCUGCCCUCAGUGCAGACAGACCUUCACUCCAAGACCUACUUUGUGUAAGAAUGUAGUGUUUGCUGAAAUGGUGGAGAAACUGAAGCAGACUAAACUUCUAGCUGCUGUUCCUGCUCACUGUUACGCUAAAGCUGGAGAUGUGGAGUGUGACGUCUGUACUGGAAGAAAAUACAAAGCUGUCAAGUCCUGUCUUGUGUGUCUGAACUCUUACUGUCAAAAUCACCUCCAACAACAUGAGAAGUUCUUUGAAGGUAAGAGGCACAAUCUAAUGGAUGCCAGUGGACGACUACAUGAGAUGAUCUGCCGAAAACAUGAUAAAGAGUUGGACAUCUACUGUCGCACUGACCAGCAGUGUGUUUGUUAUCUGUGUACAAUGGAUGUGCACAAAAACCAUGACACUGUAACAGUCUUAACAGCGAGGACAGAGAAACAGAAACAGUUGGAGGAGACACAGAGAAAACUCAAGCAGAUAAUCCAGCACAGAGAGAAAUGUGUUCAGGAGCUGAGAGAGGCUGUGAAGUCUCAUAAGCACUCUGCACAGACAGCAUUGGAGGACAGUGAGAGGAUCUUUACUGAGCUGAUGCGCUCCAUUGAGAGAAGCCGCUCUGAGGUGACACAGCUGAUCAGAGAUCAGGAAAAGGCUGCAGUGAGUCAAGCUGAAGGACUCUUGGAGAGUCUUGAGCAGGAGAUUACUGAUCUGAGGAGGAGGGACAAUGAGCUCCAGCAGCUUUCACACACAGACGAUCACAUUCAUUUCCUAAAGAGUAUGCAGUCUCUCUCUGUCCCUCUUGAAUGUCCAGUCUUUCCCAGAAUCACCGUUGGUUCUUUUGAUGAUGUGGGAAAAUCUGUUUCUCUGCUAAGAGCCAAACUUGAAGAUUUAUGCAAAGUGGAGAUACAGAAGAUAUCUGGUACAGUGAGAUCCCUCCAGAUGAUUACCAUCCCUGAAUACAAGACUAGAAAGGAGUUCUUACAAUAUUCCCGUCAUCUUACUCUGGAUCCAAACACAGUGAAUACAAAUCUCUGGCUAUCUGAGGGGAACAGGAUGAUUACUUACACUGAUACAGAACAGUGGUAUCCUAAUCAUCCAGACAGAUUUACGUUUUGGACUCAGGCUUUGUGUGGAGACUGUGUGCGUGGACGCUGUUACUGGGAGGUUGAGUGGAGUGGGAGAGGUAAUGCGGAUAUAUCAGUGUCAUAUAAGAGCAUCAGCAGGAAGGGUGAUGAUGCCUUAUUUGGAUGUACUUAUCAGUCCUGGUGUUUGUGUUGCUCUCGCUCCAAAUACUCAUUCAGUCACAAUAACGAACAUACAAAACUCCCUGUAGCCCCUAGUUCCUGUAGAAUAGGAGUGUAUGUGGAUCACAGAGCAGGAAUUUUGUCGUUCUAUAGCGUCUCUGACACAAUGACCCUCAUCCACAGAGUCCAGACCAAAUUCAUUAAACCUCUAUAUCCUGGGUUUAGAGUUUAUAAUAGAUCAAGUGUGAAAAUCUGUGAUCUGACAAUAUAGUUGAUGCAAACUUUGGGGUGCAUGAUAAAUCACUUACAGUUCAGAUUUGAUGUUGAUGAUUUUAGUAAGGAAACUGUCUUAUUUAAAGUGUACUCUACAGAGCCCCAGCCACUAGAGGUUACUAAUUUAAAUGUACAUAGGGUUGUUAACUCUUUUCGGCAGUGUAAAGCUAGAAAUAAGCCUGGCCCUGAUAACAUUUAACCACCUUUCCACUAUCUGGCCAGUGCGAGCCAGGGCUAUCAACUGGCCAGCCAGGGCCAAUAGCCUCGGACCUCGAGCCACGAGACCAAAAUCGAUCUGCGUUUUCACCGUCGGGCCAAUAACUCCGCAGUGUUGCCCAAAAAUCUGCCCUUAAUACUCCACUGCGGUGCAAACGUCACACACCCCACCCACUUCACAAGCAAGAGGGACGCUCAAGCUGAGGUAUCAUGUUAUCUAGUCUUCUAAAAUAUCGAGUUUAUAUCGAAUGAAAACAGCAAGAUAAGUUAGCAUUGACAACUCACCGACUGUAACUGCCAUGGUGUCCCGAGUGGUCUCUCCAGUAACAGCGGGAUGAUGUCCGAGCACACAAGUUUACCAAACCAUGGAAAGUAAUUUCUUUGGACACUGCUUUGUGCAUUGGCUGUUUUAUCGGAUUUGUACUGUGUUUUUUUUUCUCCGAACCUGUACAGUUGUGCACUGGUACAGAGAGUGCUAAAGGCCGUGAUGAGUCCAAGGGGUGUUGGCAAAGAUAUGCGAAACAAACAACCUUAUUUUUGUAAUUCCGUUUGGUACCACUAGGAGCACAGAAAUUACACACUUUAAAUAAUUAUCGUUGGAUAUAUACAUAUACAUUUUAUAUAUGUAUAGUGGCCAAAUGUGGCCCAUUUAUCAAUAUAAACUGGCCCUCUGAUCUGUUUUGAUACUGAAUGAAUUUGGAAUCUGAAACAAUCUAUGUGAAACGCUGACAUUUUUGCAACAGAAAAUCCAAAUCCUCUAAACCUCCAAUGCACUGGCAUAGCCAUGGGUGGGCUGGUGCCUCCCAUUGGGCAUUUAGACCCAAUAACCAAAUCAAUGUCUUAUGCAAAACUAUCAAACAAAACUUAUAUAAAACUUAUUAAACUAUUGUUCUCAUUAUAACAAAGCUAUUUACACUGCAAACACCCAAUGCAGCAAUGAGACCAAUUUAUUUUCCCUGUCUAAUAAAAUUUUUGUAACAAAUGUCAUAUAUGUGAAUUGAUUGCUAUGAAUUGUAUUAAUUAGGCUAUAUUUAAAUAACUUCUGACCAGAUAUAAGAUGCUGAAUUAAACAACUUGAAUGUUAAAAUGUUCUCAAGGCCUCUAAGAUAUUUAAACUCCAUCCACAUUAUUUUCUAAGAUAAAAUAAUGUUAAUUACAAAUAUAUCUAUAAAUUGAUUAUUAACAUUAUUCGUUAUAACUGCUAUGCAUUGCAUCAAAAGCAGCUUUAGGAUUUUUCCCCUUUUUUCUCCCAAUUUGGAAUGCCCAAUUCCCAAUGUGCUUUUUUAAGUCCUCGUGGUGGCGUAGUGAUUUGCCUCAGUCCGGGUGGUGGAGGACGAAUCCCAGUUGCCUCGGCGUCUGAGACCGUCAACCUGUGCAUCUUAUCAUGUGGCUUGUUGAGCUUCACACCAUCCACCGCGGUAACCACGCUCAACUCACCACGCCCCACCGAGAAUGAACCACAUUAUAGUGAUCACGAGGAGGUUACCCCAUGUGACUCUACCCUCCCUAGCAACCGGAUCAAUUUGGUUGCUUAGGAGACCUGGCUGGAGUCACUCAGCACGCCCUGGGAUUCGAACUAACGAGCUAGUGAACUCCAGGGGUGGUAGCCAGCGUAGUUUACCACUCCAAAAACUCCACUGUGACGAUUCAAGGAAUGCAUAGGCAAGGAAGAAGCUGGGACCGGCUUAACAAACACAUAGACAUCUAUUUACACACACACUUUUCACUGUUACAAACAUCGUCGGCUUUUACGUUCAAUACAUAAACACAAACAUACACAGGUCCGUGUGUCUCUCUCUCUCCGUCUGCCACUGUCUCCUCUCCUUAAAUACUCCCACUUAUCACCACUAUUAAAUAUUCACCACUUAUCUUCCUGGCCUCGCUCUGCCCAGAUGCCGCUCGGCCCCGCCCUGCUCGCCACAUCCACCCUCUUUAUAUUUCCUGUAUGUCUAAAAUACAAUUUUCUGUCCAAAUAAAAUAUGUAUGAAUUUAUUGCUAUGAAUAGCUCAGAAUAGAUAGCUCCAAAUUUUUCUCUACAUUCGAAUAUUUAUUUUUCUCUCUUACUGCGCUAUCAUGGUGCCGUAAUCUCUCCGCUGUUUUAAUAAGAGGCAUUGACAAGAUCAAAGAAGAAAGUAGAUAGUAGGUCCAUUAUAAUAUAACUACCUAAAUCAAAGCUGUUGUCCUCUGGCAUGUGCUUAAUGUUUUUCAAUGUGUUUCAGUAAAAUUUAGUCUAUCAUUCUGAUGUAAUUUACUCUGAAUAAAAAGGAACAAA